AUGGGGGAUAAAAAGGACUUGGAGAAUGGCGAUGCGUUGGCGGAGAAGAUUCGGCGACCUAUCAAGUUGCCGGUUCUACCAAAAACGCUCAACAUAGAAGAGAAGAAAUACCUUAUGGCUGUAGAGAGGGGAGAUUUGGCUAACGUGAGGAGAAUGAUCCAAAAAGCACACCGCAAGCAACAUAUAGAUGUUAACUGCGUGGAUGCGUUAGGCCGUGGGGCUUUGACCCUUGCUAUUGAUGGUGAUAAUCUGGAGAUGGUUGAACUCUUAGUAGUAAUGGGUGUUCAGACCAAGGAUGCUCUUCUUCAAGCCAUCAACGCAGAGUUUGUGGAGGCUGUGGAGUUACUGUUGGAACAUGAAGAACUAAUACAUAAGCAUCCCGCUCCGUAUAGUUGGCAGAAAGUAGAUCCAACUACAGCCUUAUUCACACGAGACCUCACUCCGCUUGUUCUGGCAGCCCAUAAAAAUAACUAUGAAAUCAUCAAAAUACUACUCGACAGAGGUGCUACAUUGCCAGAUCCUCAUGACAUAAGGUGCGGGUGUGACGAAUGCAUCACAGAGUCUACUGAGGACCCGCUUCGUCACUCUCUCGCUCGUCUCAACGCGUACAAAGCACUAGCAUCUCCAUCGCUUAUCGCUCUAUCUUCCACUGACCCCAUAGUUACUGCGUUUGAAUUGUCCUGGGAAUUACGCAAUUUAGCGUUUUCUGAACAGGAAUGCAAAGCGGAGUACUUAGAACUACGUCAACAAGUGCAAAGGUUUGCUGUGGAUCUUCUAGACCAAUCUAGAAGUUCGCAAGAGCUGGCCAUUAUACUAAACCAUGACCCUGAAGAACCUUUUCAGGAGGGAGAGCAUAUGAAGUUGGCUAGAUUAGAACUGGCUGUUGAUUUUAAACAGAAGAAAUUCGUGGCGCAUCCAAAAAUCCAGCAACUUCUUGCCUCCUUAUGGUACGAAGGUGUCCCAGGGUUCCGUCGGAAGUCUAACAUUCAGAAAAUGAUGAUAAUCAUCCGAGUAGCACUACUGUUCCCUUACUACUGUCUGCUGUACAUGAUCGCACCGAACUGCGAUACUGGCAAAUUGAUGAGAAAGCCGUUCAUGAAGUUCUUAAUACAUGCUUCGAGUUAUUUGUUCUUUUUAUGUUUCAUUUGGGAAGAAACCCAGGAAAUGUUUACGGAAGGCUUUCGCUCGUAUCUCCGUAAUAUGUGGAACUUCAUAGACUUUACUCGGAACAGCCUCUACGUCGCUGUUGUGUUGCUGCGCUUCGUUGCUUACUUGCAGCAAACAGCGGAAAUCAAAAAAGAUUCUAGUACGAGGUUCAUUCCAAGGGAGCAGUGGGACGAUUUUGAUCCGCAAUUAAUUGCUGAAGGUUUGUUUGCGGCGGCUAAUGUUUUCAGUGCUUUAAAAUUGGUGCACCUCUUCUCCAUCAACCCACAUUUGGGCCCAUUGCAAAUUUCACUCGGGAGAAUGGUCAUAGACAUCGUUAAAUUCUUCUUUAUUUAUAGUCUGGUGCUCUUCGCGUUUGCUUGUGGUCUGAACCAACUUCUUUGGUAUUUCGCUGAUUUGGAGAAACAAAAAUGUUACGCUUUACCCGGGGGCCUCCCUGAUUGGGAUCAUGCUGGGGAUUCUUGUACAAAAUGGCGGAGUUUUGGCAAGUGA